CACACACCGGUCUUCACCGCAUUCACUCGUUCAACCACACGAUCGCUUCACCCACUACAACACUUUAAUCCUACCAACCACCACCCCCAACCAACCCAACCACCUUCAAAAUGCAGUACGCUAUCGUCGCCGCCGGCCUUGCCGCCACCGCUUUCGCCGCCUACGCUCCCCCAGCCUACGAGGCCCCUCCGGUCUACAGCGCCGCCCCAGUGUACAACGCCACUGAGUCCGCUGCCCCGACCCACGCCUCUUCCGCCCCGGCUUACGUCUCUUCCGCCCCGGCUUACGUCUCUUCCGCCCCGGUCUACACGACUGAGGUCGUCUCCUCGUACGAGACCUACUGCCCUGGCCCAACCACCCUCACCUACGCCAGCCAGGUCUACACCGUGACCGAGGCCACCACCCUCACCAUUACCAACUGCCCUUGCACCGUCACCAAGCCAGUCUACACUGCGCCUGCCGUCGAGACCCACCCAGCUGGCCCAGCCGCUCCCCCAGCCGCCGGUGAGACCCACCCAGCUGCCCCAGCUUCGCCCGCUGCGCCUGCCUACCCAGGCAAGCCCGAUGCUCCGGCCCCGGCUUCUCCAGCCAGCCCAGCUGCGCCCGUCAACGGCACCAAGCCCGCCGGCCCAGCUGCCACCACCCCGGUUGCCUACACUGGUGCUGCCUCCGCCGUCUCCGUCGGCGCUGCCGGUCUCCUCGCCGUCUUCGGCCUCGUUGCCGCCCUUUAAACGCACCUUUCCACACAUUUUCAUUCAUCAAUCAUGCACAUGAUUUGAUAGCAGAAAACCACAGGACUGGCGUUCAUCCAAGAGCGAAAACGACAAUUUUUUACUUUCACGGCUGGCAUAUUUUUCCUACAAAUACCAUGACGGCGGCACUGGGGAAUGGCGAGGCGAGUAACCUCCGUCUGUGGAGGUUGGUCUCGUACGAGUCGGAAUACAGGGCGGUCGCACGUUCUUUUCUCUCAUCCUCUGCGCUACUUUUUUGUCCAAGAAUUAAUUACAGCACAUUUUUUUGAACAAGAACAGGGAAUGGAAUUGAAACAGAAGGGGAUGGUGUGAAUACAGAAAGCGGAUUUAUACUAUUACUCACAGGAGCAUUUACGGUGCCACCGACGAUUAUGCAAAAAAACAUUUUGAAAAAA